UCGUCGCGUUUAGACGGCGUCGUUCGUGAUUGCUCGCGAGUCUUUCGUGCUGUGUGCGUGCCGUAUAUCCACGUCGCGCAAUGGCUGGCGGUAAGGCGGGCAAGGACUCUGGCAAGGCAAAGGCGAAGGCGGUCUCGCGCUCGGCUAGAGCCGGCCUGCAGUUCCCGGUAGGCAGAAUUCACAGGCAUUUGAAAAACAGAACCACGAGUCAUGGUCGAGUAGGCGCUACUGCGGCAGUGUAUAGUGCGGCCAUUUUGGAAUACCUCACGGCCGAGGUUUUGGAAUUGGCGGGAAAUGCGUCAAAGGAUUUGAAAGUCAAACGUAUUACACCUAGACAUCUGCAACUUGCCAUACGUGGUGAUGAAGAAUUAGAUAGUCUUAUUAAAGCAACUAUUGCAGGAGGAGGUGUCAUUCCACAUAUCCACAAAUCGCUUAUUGGCAAGAAGGGUUCGCAGAAGCCAGCAUAAUUUAGCGAUAAUUGAUAUUGAACAUUUCAUUAUUCGUGGGCAAAUGGGAGCAGGAAAGAGUUGAUCCAGUGUUUGUUGACAAAGUGUACCUAGGUUACUAAAUCGAUGGCGAGACUGGCGUGAUAUAUACAUAGAGAUAUAUAUAGAUAUAUAAAUAAAACAGUAUAUUGAUAUAUAAUUUAAUAUAGAUAAAAAUGAGAGUAAAAAAAAAAGACAAAUGUUCAUCACAUAAUUGACAAAUGAGCAAGACAGGGAGAAUUGUAGACCGAGACUAGGAAAUUUUUAGUGUAUUGCGAGCGAUGCGUUGUAGCAUUGUUUGCUCGAGGUAACGACAGUCUUUGGUACAGUUUGCAACUUACGAACACUGCGGAAGCAUCAGAAGGCGUGUGAAAACGUCUUCAAAUUAUGUUUAAUUAUUUACGAUACACCGCGGACGAAGCUAUCGGUUCUUGUAUCGAAUCACUGCUUAAUUUUAUUUCAUUUAAAUCAUUUUUAAAUUGCGUUAUCCUACUGUCAAAAAAAAUGUCUUAUUAAUAUUGUUUCAAACAAAAUAUUGAUCAAAAAUUUGUUUUCACAAAAAUAUUGAUUGUAGCGUCACGUGUAACGUUACGCGCAAUUUGAUUUAUUGUUUAGCGUUUAAAAAGUUUUGGUAUACUUUGAAUUUAUUGUAUACGCCAGCGUACGAUAUUCUAACAUAUGGAUAAAACAGUAAAGAUUUCCUUAUCAUCGGAUUCGUCACAGCGGAAAAAAAAAAGAAAUGCAAAACGGACGUUUACACAUGUGACUUCCGAGUUCACGACUCGAAUGACUCCACAUUUUGCCAAAUGCGUAUAGAAAUAUAUGAUAUAGUUUUCAAUCUUCGAAUUGCUAUUUAAAUAUUAUCUCAAAAUCUUUGCUCUUUCACCAGUACUCAAGUUUUUUUUUUCUUUUUUUCUUUUUUUUUUUUUGCGCGUUUUCUCUGUCAGAUCACAACACAGUCACAAUAGAAGUCAAUUCCAGAGUUUGGAAAGUUUAUGCGGUUCAAGAUGUACAGGUUUUUAGUUAAAUGCAGAAAGUUAAUGUAACAAAACAAAUAUCAAAAAUUGUAUGGAUUACCUUGUGAAAUUAAACACAUUUUCAUUUCGAUAAAGAAAUUAGACUGUAAAUUGUUUAAUUGCAAAUUUAUUGGACAUUGCGAUCUUAACAAUAGCGAAGACUGACACUUCAAUUUUUGUAAUAUAUAAUCGGAGAUAUAGAUAUAGAAAUACGAUUCGAGAUAUCUGAAAGAUUAUUAGCACAUAUAAGGACGUGCGUAUUUUUAUUUUUGCUUCAAUCAUAUUUUCUUUUGAUGUUUGUCACUUCGUUAUCUGUAUAAUUUAAACAUAAUUUUUACUGUAUCUUUACGGAAUAACGCACCGUACAUUAAACACCAGCCAUAUGUAAAACGUUCAUUUUUUCAUAAUAAAAAUAAAUUUUAUUACUAAAUA